AUGAAGGUCAAGGCAAAAACCACGUGGGACCUCGUGUACAGCACUGAAGUUCAUGGACGGAGUCUAACAACUCUCUAUUCUAGAGUCAAAUACAGUCACGAUGCAGAAAAUAUUCUCGUCAUCAAGGAUUUCCACCAAUCGAUUUUUGGCGCUUUUCUAACGUCUUCCGUACGCUUGAGUGACAGGUACUACGGCAAUGGCGAAUGUUUCCUUUUUAGUUUCCAGCCAAUUUUUCAGAAAUUUGAUUGGUCUGGCAGUAACAACUGGUUCAUAAAAGGCAAUGAAGACUCGAUCAUGAUUGGAGGAGGAGGGGGUCGUAUAGGUUUGUGGUUGAUGGAAGAUUUGUGUCGAGGGAGGAGUGACAUCUGUGCAACCUUCAAUAACAUUCCACUGACACUUUCUAAAGAUUUCAGUAUUUUGUCUUUAGAAAUAUGGGUUAUUGACUGA